CUUGUUUGACUUGGCCGUAAUAGUAUGCAAACGGAGGGGUGAUAAUUAUGAAAUGAAGGAUGUAAUCGAUCUUCAGGAAUACAAAAUAAGCAACAACCCUACCACCGACAAGGAGAAUAAAAAGUGGUCUUACGGCUUCUACCUCAUCCACACGCAAGGGCAAAACGGCUUAGAACUGUACUGCAAAACCAAAGAUUUGAAGAAGAAAUGGCUCGAGCAGUUUGAAAUGGCCCUGUCAAACAUAAGACCCCAGUUUGAAGAAACAAAUACACAUGACUUUAAAAUGUAUACCUUCACGCGUGUAACAUCCUGCAAAGUCUGUCAGAUGCUUUUGAGAACAUGGAACUCUGAAACACGAGAAACGACUGAAUGGACUUCGAAAAAGUUCCAGGCAUAUGGACUCAGGUUUACCAAAAAUGCAAGUGAUUAGAAACUACACCGGGAUUCCCCAGCCAGUUCCACCGGAUGGUCCUCCGUUAAUCAUCCAGAUUGGAGACAUCAUUGAACUCAUCAAAGGAGAGGCACACAGCUUAUUUUGGCAG